AUGCAGACAAAGUCUUGGUUCUUGGUGCUGGUGGUGCCGGGGAAGCCGCUGAUCUGCAGUGUAGACGCGAGUCUGGUGCCACGACAAAAGACCAGCGCCAACCUUAUCACCGUCCUUGAUGGAGAGCUCCACGGACGAUACCCGUGGUCUGCAGCGAAAGGCACGGGGCAUCACUCGACUGGGAGAUAUGUCGCCUGCUCGAUUCGUUGGUCAGGAUGCCAGCAGCACGGCGGAACUAGCCGUAUUCUCGGUGGCUCGCACAAGGCCGCCUGUGUGAAGCAACCAGCGGGAAAUGGACGUUUCGAAACAGACUGGGCUGCCGGUAGCGCUUUGAGCGUGCCAGAAUCAGCCACUGCGUGCGCUGCCGCUCAUUGGGCGAAACUUUUUAUUUGCGCGGUGCCUCAGCUAUCAGUAUCCCAGUCUCCCGCUGGAUCGCGCUAG